AUGGAUUUGACUUGGAAACAAAAAAUGGCAGAGAAGGAGAAAGCAGCCAAACUAAACAAAUGCCGCGAUUUAGUCGAGGUGGCGACGGGAUCGGAUUGGCAGAUUCGCAGACUGAUGGAAGUUUUCCCGGAGUACCUGUGGAAGUACACGGACGGUCUGACCGUUCCCGCGUACGUCCUCACUAUCGCCGAACAGCUGAGAGCCGAAUUCGGAGAUGUGAACGACAUUCCGGUAAGAUCACAUUGAACAGAAAUGGGUCGAAAAUCGGAAUUCUUUUCAGACCGAUCUUCUUCCAUGCGAAUAUUUCCGUAUCAUGAAGCAUAGCAUGCCGACGGAGCUUGCGUUGCAGCCCAAGCGAUUUGACAGAGCACAGGAGCAAGUGAGCGAGAAAAUGCAGAAAUAUUACGAGAAAAACGAAUCGAGACUGCUCAUUCCGGAUGAUCAAGUAGAUAUUCGUUCUCCGAACCCGUCCAUUUGUCGCCUUUUCAGCUCAUUCCGAGAAUAGCGUGCGCCGUUCGUAUCGGAGAAAUCUGGUAUCGUGGAAAGGUGGAGAACGUGCCGAACUGCGGAAUCUGGCUGUACGUGUACCUCGUGGAUAUGGGAACGUGUCGGCAAGUUACGAAGAACGACGUCCGUCGGCUGGCUCUCCAUUUCGGCCACUAUCCUCCGAUGGUCAUCCGCGCCAGCGUUCGAGGUUCGGCAAUCUUUCUUUUUUUCUUUAUUUUCUUAAUUUCCAGGCGCUGCGAUCCAACGGAUGGACAUGGGAAAAAUCGAUAAAUUCCGUGAACUGCUCUCCGAUCUCAACUACAUCGCUCGUUGCCAAAUCACGACGUCUUCCGAACCUUACCUUGUCAAUAUCUGCCAUCCAACCUACGAAUUCAAAAACAUGUGCUCCUUUCUGCUAACUCCCCCGCACGGAUUGCCAUCUGAGGAAGGCGUUUGGUUGCCGAAGCAGAUUGCGAGGGACCUGGAGAGAGAGAACGGUGUUGAGAAUAGGGAAGCGGACGAUUCUGGAGCGGAUUCCGAAUUCGACGACGAAGAAGAGGACAACGAGGGCUGGAACUUUGUGGAGCAGAAGUAUCUGCGCUCAUUUCCGCCCGCGAACAAAGUCACGAGACUGUUCGACAAUCACUUCCAAGUCGAAAGAAUAGAUAAUGAGCGUCUGAUUUAUUUGACGAACCAGAACAUGCGAGAGAUCAGAGUGGAAAUUGAGAACUCUCUGAGAAGAGAAGAAGACAAGCUGGUUCCCCUGCCGCCCGCAUGGAUCGCCUUCGGAACCGCCUGUGCGGUCAGCCACGAGGGAGUGCUCAAAAGGGCGGCCAUCUCCGGAAUCCGGGGCGCUCAUCUUGAUCUUCUCCUCGUGGAUUAUGCAUUGAAUACGACGUCGCCGGUCUCGAAAGUGUUCAGCCUUCCGAGCGAAGAGUUCCUUUGUCUCGAGCCUCAACUGACUCUCGUUUCCCUUUCCGCGUUCCCAUUCGUUCAUUUCUCACGGGUGCAAAUCCUCCGCCAAAUCCUGCCGCCCGGCACCCCCAUCGUCUUCCAUCGGGACCAGAAAUCGAAGGAGAUUCCGACGAAAGGAGCAAUCUGUCUGACGGACAACGUUUCCGUCGAUGACCUGGUUUCAGAACAGUGAGCAGAUAUUGUCCAUCGCUAUUUAUAAAAAGAUGCGUAUAUUUCAGAAUCUCUGCCAAGCACAUCGAUCUCGAUUGCCUCGCCCUCGUUCCAGUGCAAAAUUCUGCCGAAGUUCUUGCCAAUCAUGUAAAUAUCAAUUUUAUGUACUCAUACCGAUGCCCCGUUAUUUACAAAAAAUCAAAGCUUGUAACAUCACAAUUCUAA